AUGUCUCUUUUGUCGCCGCUCCUACGGCUGCCGCAACGAGGCCUCGCCGCGGCCGCCGUGGCCGCCCGACACCGCCUGGCGCAAGCGAGGCCCCGGCCGGGCAGAAACGGAGGCCAAAGCCGAAGGACGCCCCGCCAAGCGGCAGUGGGAGGAGCCGUCAGCGUUGGCAGCGGCCUCGGCCUAUCAGCCUUCUUCCUUUUCUCCGGGGAACCUGCGAAGAAGGCGGGCGAGGGGGACGCCGAGGGGGGAGAGGCCAAGGCGGACCCGGAGGACGCCAUCAUCCUGGUGCUGAAGAAAGCCAAGAAACUCACCAAUGGAGAACGCUGUUUCCUAAGUUCCUUCAUUUGUUUCAUGCUCGGUGGGAGGGGGCACCAAGAUGACAAUGCCAUUCUCCAGAUGUCCCUGAAGUUGGCCAGCAUCUACGCCGCUCAAAACCAGGACAAACUUGCCCUUGCUGGCUAUCAGUUCUGCAUCCUGACCCUGGAGGAGAAGGUCGCCAAGCAGAAGGAGACGCCCGCGGACGCCUUGCCAGAGGAAGAACGCAGCAACACCCACCUCCUGCUUGCCAUGACCCUUGAUUCCUACGCCCGCUAUCUCCUGGCCCACCAGCAGACCGCCCUGGCCCAGACCAAUUACGAACGGGCCCUGCAGAUCGCGGUGGAGGUCAGCGGCGAGAAACACCCGCAGACCGUGGUGGUGAUGAACGACUUGGCCACGGCGCUGGAUGCUCAGGGCCUCUACGAGGAAGCCUACGCCCAGGUGAGCCGAGCGGCGGAACUGGCCCAGCAGACCCAGCACCCCGAUGCCCACGUGAUCCUGAACAACCUGGCCGGCAUCCUGAUCCAUAAAGGAGAUUAUUCCCAGGCCCAGCUGGUCUACCAAACCGCCCUGGAAGUGGCCGAGAAAUCCGGGGACGGCGUUGCCGUCAGAUACAUCACGAAGGAACUGGCGCAGCUAGCCAAGAGGAGCAGACCGGAGACUUCAAAUGUACAGAUCUCACAAAAAAAAAAAAAGGGGCCGCCCUGA